GUCAUGCUGGCCAUGCCAUAAUAAAAGCUCGGCCACUCGCAGUUGCUACCAAACGAUCGCAGAACGUCCGAGCACAAGCAACCCAUUCAACAUGCGUCUCCUGCUCGUCCUGUCCGUUGUCCUGGCCGUGAUCCUCGGCUGCCACGCCUACAGCGCCACCUGGGGGCGCAGGGUCAACAACGACUUCCUCCUCUCCCGCACCAACGAGGUGCGCAAUCCCAUCAAGAACAACUACUGGAACCUGAACGUGAACUACCCCGCCGGAUUCUACAACAUCUCCGCCGUGAUCGUCUACGACAACUUCAAGAACAACUCCGGCGCAUCUCCCAGUCUCUAUUCCGGCGGUCCGGGCUACCGAUUCGCCACCGUGAAUCUCCGUGGCCAGGUGAACCGCGGAAUCAACUCCACCGUCGAGAUCUGGGGUCGUUAGAUGAUCAAUCGAAUCUGUUAUAACCGAAAGUCGCUGGGAUAUCAACUGAACCCAAAGCAAAAACUUAAAUCUUAGAAAUAAAAACACUACAGUAAAAUAAUUGUGGCAGUAUUAAACCAAGUUAUUUUCUUCAAAUGCAAGACAAUUAAGCCUUCAGCUUUCAAUAUCAACAAGACUGUGCUUCCGAAGUAAACAAAAUAAUACCCUAC